AUGCGGGUGGAUGUAGAGCGGUUGAAAGGCGAACUUCAACAAGCAGGGGAGCAGCUCGCAGUGGCAGAAAAGGCGAAAACCGAUUUGCUGGUUAAGUAUGAGUGCGUGGAGAGGGAAAAGGUUACUUUGGAGGGGCGUUUGGAGGAGAGGGAGAAGGAAAGAGAGAGGGAGGGAGGGGUAUUGGUUGGGAGGUUGGAGGAGUGUGAGAGGAGGUUGAAGGAGGAAGAGGAGGGGAGGAGGGAGGAGAAGCAGAAACGGAAAGAGGAGAAGGAGAAGCGGAAGGAGGAGGAGGGGAAACGGAAGGAGGAGAAGAAGAGGCGGAAAGAGGCGGAGGAGGAAUUGGCACGUGUCAAGCAGCGAUUGGAGGAAGCUGAGGCCAAAUGUGAGAGGAUCGAGGGGGGGAGUGCUGUGCUGAGAGGGCCUGCUGAUGCAGCAGCAGAGGAGGGGAGCGGGUCAGUUGAUAGAAGAAGAAUUGAAAGGGAGGAUGGAAGCAGCGUAGCAGAUGACAGGAGUGAUGAGGCGGAUGGGACGGUAGCUGGGUUUGACGAUGAAAGGGAGGCGAGUGCACGACUGAAAGACCUUGAACUGCGCGCUGUGAGAGCAGAGGGAGAGGCGGAGGGCUUGAGGCGUGAGCUGGAAGCUGUGAAUGCCACGCUGGCAGACACAAGUGCCAGGCUGGCAGAUACGAGUGCCAGGUUGGCAGAUGCGAGUGCUGAGCUGGCAGGCUUGAAAGGACGGGAGACAGACGCACAGGCAGGUGUGGAUAAGUGCGGAGAAAAAGGAGUGAGGGAGAAGGGAAAUAGGGAGGUGGGGGGAAGCUGGGAGCAGGUGGAACAGAGGAGCAUCGCAGAAGCAGAAGCAGAGAUCGAGCGACUGCACGCCGUGAGAGGAGACCUAGAGAGGGAGCUUGAGGACUUGUACCUGGAGUUGCAACGGGAGCAGGAGCUCUCAGCUGAAGCAAGCCUUUUAGCUGAGAAGGAGUGGGAGCGGCGACAGGAGGCAGUGAAAAUGCUGUCUCAACUAGAGAGGCAGCUAGGGGAGGCGUUUGGAGGGGCUGUGGCGGAAGGGGGGGUGGUGGUUGAUGCUAAUGGAAGGCCGAUGUCGCCGCUAGUGGGGAGUUUGAGUGGGUCGGGAGCGGUGGGGAGGAAAGGCAGGGGAGGGGGCGUGGGAGGGGUGUUUGUGUCGCCGCUUGGCGGGCCGCGAUUGGAGGGUUCUGAUGGGGAGGAAAGCUGGCCGUUUUUGUGUGGUGGCGAGGUGGCGGAGGGAGCAGAGGGGGGAGCUGAGGAGGGGGAGAUGGGAGGGAUGAGAAGGGUGCUAUUUGGAAUAGAGGAGCGUGGGGAGGAAGAGGGUGCUUCAGCCGGAGAAGAAGAAGAACCAGGUUCUUCGCUUGCCACAGCAAGCACAGGCACAGGCACCAGCAGAGCAGCAAGUGUAGUAGAGCGGCUGAGCUUAGAGAAGGAAGAGAAUUACAGAAGGGAAGGGGAGGGAGUUGAGGGGAAGAAUGAGGACGGUGACUGGGAUGAGAUCUGGAGUGAAGGAGACGAUGAACAAGAGCUUGAGGCUGCGCUGGGGCAACCCUCCUCCCCAGGGGAAGACGAGUUUUUCAGCACCAAAUUGCCGGAAUUGAGGAGGAGAAUGACUGGUGAGGGGCCUCAAAACUCGCCUCGUAAGUCUGCCUCUUCUGCAGAAGACGAGUUUUGUAGCACUAAGUUGCCGGAAUUGAGGAGGAGAAUGACUGGUGAGGGGCCUUACAAGGCAUCUUCUCCUCAUGAAGACGAGUGUUUCAGUGCUAAGCUGCCGGAACUGCGGAGGAGAAUGAGCAACUUCUCGCCUCUGCACUCACCCCUGGUUCAUUUACGGGGGAUGCAGUUGGAUGGGGAUGCUGAGGUGGUGACCGCAGCAGCACCUGGCGCUGGGGGUGCAGGCGGCGCAGAUGGAGACGGUUCAGGGCCCUCCUCUCCCACACCCACCAGCAAAGAACCCCCCUCUCCCACCGCUAAAGGACCAUCGCCCCUCACCACCUCAUUUUCAGCGCUUGAUGAGGCUUCCUCUCCCAACGCAGCUAGAGCAGUCUCCUAUUCAGGGCAGCCCUUUUCCUAUGCCAGUCAGAUAACAACCGCUCCUAGGGAAGCCCCAGGUAUGCCUUCAGGGGGUUUCAACAGAGCGGUUUCCUUCACAGGGGGUUUCAACAGAGCGGACUCGCACUCAGGUGCUUUUAACAGAGCAGGGUCUUACUCAGGUGGUUUCAACAGAGCUGGUUCAGAUGUGGGGCUGCUGCUCACCUUAGGGGGACCAUCAGGGGGGGAGUUUUCAGGAGCAGAGACGACAACAGGGGGAGCAGAUGACAGAGAUAGAGACAGAGAAGACUUGGAAGAAUCUGGGAGAGGAGAAGAAGAGGAGGAGGAGGAGGAGGAGGAGGAGGAGGAGGAGGAGGAGGAGGAGGAGGAGGAGGAGGAGGAGGAGGAGGAGGAGUUAGUAGAUGUAGGGUUGGCAGAUGAAGACUACAAUUGGGGUGACUCUAUUUACAGUAAGCAGCAGCUUUUAGCUAAGCACCAGGGUGAUUUUCUCCACGUGUUGCUGCAGAUGCUACAGCUGGCAGUGGCGAAGCGGGAAAGCGAGUUAGUGUCAGCCUCUGCCGCCGCUACAGCUGCUGCUACAGCCGUCUCGGCAGCUGAGAGGGAGAAAGCGGAGUGGGAAGUGGAGCAGGUGGUAUCAGCAGUGUUCAGGGAGGUCCAUAACGUGUUGCAUGUGAAUGGCGUUGGCAGGGUGAGGAGAAAAUUCCGAGGGGUGGCUAAGGAAGGGAACGCAGCAGCAACGGCUGCUGCUGCAGUGAAAGAGGAUCUCGAGCUUCUGGUCCGGGCAGUUGAAGCAAAGGCUCGGGCAGCCAUGAGAAGAAAUGCGGCUGGCCUGGUCCCUCCUGCUCCCAGAAGGCUUGUCAAGGAUGGGAGUGGGGGUGAGGGGCGGAGAGGAGGAGAAAAAAGUGGCGGAGGAGGGUGGGGGGUGAGCAGCGGCAAUGGCAUGUGGAGCAUUGGUCAGAGUCUCCAGUCGGCUGCUUUGGCUAUAGCUCGCUCUCCCUCUGUUGCUGGUCCCUCUGUUGCCAGUACUCCUAGCAUGAGUAGAUCAGUGUCUGCUGCCGAAGCUCCUUCUGUUGUCUACUCAGUCGGGGCACACAAUGCCUCACUAAGUAUCUACAGGUCAGCUUCGGUGGCUACUACUGAGGCCUCCACUGCUGGUAACACGCCCGUUGCGCAUGCGGUUACCAUCGCCCGAACCUCGUCCGUAGCCUCGGGAAUGUCCACGGAUGGUAACACGCCUGUGGCUCGGGCUGUAGGGGAUAUGUCAGGAGGAAUGUCAAUGUCCCAUGGGGGAGCGGUUCAGAUGGAUGGUGUAUCAGGAGGAAUGGGUGGAGAGCGGUCGAGCGCUCUGACCAUCUACAGGACGCCGUCUAUGGCUGAGAUGUCGACUACUGGUAACACUCCUGUUGCGCAUGCGGUUACCGCGUCAUUUGUUAGUGGGUUCAAUGUAUCUGGUCUCCUCGGGAUGGCUUCAGCAAGGCUAGCUGCUGCAGCCACCUCUGCUGCUUCUGCUGCUGCUACUCCUGCUGCUACUCCUGGUGCUGCUGGUACUGCUGCUGCUUUCUCUACAACCGGUAACACACCUGCUGCUUCUACUGCUGGUAACACUCCCAUCGCCCAGGCCUUAGGGAGUCCGAACCAGUUUGCUAACGGUCGAGUGUCGCCGGUAACCACCCCUGUAACCGCGGAUGCUUCGACUGGGGGUAACACGCCGGUCGCGCAGGCGGUUACCACAAGCGGCGGCGGUAACACUCCCGUCGCACGACCGGUGAGAUUAAGGGAAGGAGAGAGGGCGGAGCAGGAAAGGGGGGCAGCAGAGGAGAAGGAGAAGGAGGCAGGCAGAGAGGAGGAGCGUGGGAAGGAGAGAGGGGAAGAGCGGGAGAUGGAGGAGGUUCUGUUUGUGCGUGAGGUGGUAGCAGGAGAUGUGGUGGUACACCACCAUGUGGACUCGCUAGCUCGCUCCUUCACCCCUGCUGCCUCCAACUCCGCUUAUGAAAAUUCUCAAGAGAGAUUGAAUGCUAUGGAGCUGACGCAAGCAUCCCCGGCUGUUCUGGCACCAGAGACCAGGCAGGGAGAAGAGGAACAGCCGUUUAUGCAUCCUCCGGUCAGGCAGGAAGAGUGGGAGCGGAGGCGCAGGAGGCAAGACGACUCGUUGCACCAGCUACCUGGAUUCCAGGCAAGACAGGAAGCAUGGGGGAGCCGCGAGGCAGCUACCAGGCUGGAUAGAGAAACCCCUGCCAGGUUGGAUAGAGGGAGAAACCAAAGCCUGGAGGAAGAAUAUUCCCAGCCCGCUUCAAGGCUAGACGCCCACCCCUUGCCUGCCCGCCCCAUAGGCAGUCAUCAUGACUCUGCUGCCCGGCUGGAUAGAGGCAGAAACCAAAGCCUGGAGGAGGAGUAUUCCCAGCCCGCUUCAAGGCUAGACGGUCUGGAUGGCCACCCCUUGCCUGCUCGCCCCAUGACCGCUCAGCCCAGAGGCAGCAAUCCGCGAGGCUGGAUACAGGGAGGGGACAGAGGGGACAGAGGGGACAGAGGAACCAAAGGAGCCAAAGCCCUGACGAAUACCACCAGCCAGCAGCUACCAGGUCAGAUGCUACCAGACCAGAUGUGCACCCCUGGGGGAAUCAACGUGCGCCAGCUGCCAGGCUGGAUACUGGGAGGGGCCAAAGGAGCCAAAGCCCAGACGAAUACCACCAGCCGGCCGCUACCAGGUCAGAUGCUCAAGCUCACCCCUGGGGGGGUCACCAUGAUCCAGCAGCUGCGAGGCUGGAUACAGGGAGGGGUCAAAGCUCGGACGAAUACCAGCAGCCUGCAGGUACCAGGCUGGAUUCUCAAGCUCGCCCCUGGGGGAGUCACCAUGAUCCAGCAGCUGCGAGGCUGGAUACAGGGAGGGGCCGCGAAUACCAGCCACAGCCGCUUGCGCGGGGGGGUCGUGAGGGAGAUGGGGCUACCAGUCUGGAUAGGAAAACCCCUGUCCAGCUGGAUAGAGGGAGGAAUCGAAGCGUUGAGGAGGAGUAUUCCCAGCCAGGCUAGUGGUUUGGCAAGUAACCGGCAGGUUCGGCAAGGGAAAGUUGGGGACGGUGCGUCUGUUUCUCAAGAGCCGCAGAAAGGGAGUGCUAGAGAUGGUGUGGUGGAGACUUUGCUUUCCGAAGCUGCAGCAGCAGCACAGGGCACUGUUAGAGACAUUGUGUCUUUCUGGGCGGCAGGUUCUGCAGCUAAGUCUGUAGCAGGGGCAACAGGUGGUGCAGCAGGUCGUGAGUCUGUAGCGGCUGUAGCAGCAGGAGCGGGUACUGUAGCACUGCCACGGAGGCCCGCUACAGCCGCAGCGGGCGGCAGGGAUCGUCCUGUAGGGGGCUGGCAGGGCUGGGGGAUGGGAGAGAAAGGAGAGGGGUUGGGUGGAGUGGGGAUGGGUGAUAGAGAGGAAAGCAUAGAGCAACCGUGGGGCAGCAAGGCGCAGGUUCAAGAGUCAGGAAGGCAGAUGGGAAGGGAGCAGCCAUGGGGCGGGUCGUAUCGAGAUAGAAAAGGCUUGGUUGAUAGAGGCGGAGCGGAGGAGAGGAAAGGUGGGGCAGAUGUUUGGACUCUUAAGGAAGAGGAGGUGGCAGGGGAGGUGGACGGGGAGGAGGGUAAGGAGGAGGACGAGGAAAGUGGUGAAGGGAAUGUGCGUGUGAAGCAUGAGAGGAGACCACAGCAGCAGCAACACCAGCAGCAGCAGGAAAACUCUUCAUCCGCUGCUGCUCCGGGUCUUUUUGCAAGUUUCCUGCCCAAGUCAGCAUCCGUCACAGCUGUGGCAAGGGCUGCUGCUACCACCCUUGCAGCAGCUACAGGUGUUGGCGCUGGGUCUCAUGCUGGUGCACCCGGUGCCACCAGUCCUGUUUUGCCAGGUGCUUUUCCAGGUGCUUUUCCAGGUUCGAUGAAAGGGGAAGCGAGGGAAAGUGAGAGCUCGAGUGAGAGAGAAGAAGGAUGGAGUGACAUGGAGGAAGAGGAGGAAGAGGGAGAGGAAGAGGAGGAGGAGGAGGAGGAGGGAGAGGAGGAUGAGGAGGAGGAUGAGGAGAAAGAAAAGGAGGAAGAGGAGGGAGAGGAGGAGGUGGAGGAGGAUGAAGCUGAUGAUGCUGGUGGUGGGGAUGGAGGGGAGCUGGGCAAUGAAGGGAAGGAGGAGGGGUGGAACGAGAAGAGGGAUCGGGUGGAAGAGCAAAACGAAGCGUCUUCUUCUGAGGUGCCUCGAGAAAACGAGUGGAGUGAGAAAAAGGAUGGGGCGAUAGAGCAAAAGGAAGAAGCUGUAUUUGAGGUGCCUCAAAAGAACGAGGAGGGACGGAGUGAAAAGGAGGAUGGGAGGGAGGAGGAUGAGUGGAGUGGGAUUGACGAGGGUGAAGCAGAGGAAGAGGAUGGGCCAGAAGAGCAAAAGGAAGAGCCUGUUUCUGAGGUGCCUCAACAGAACGAGGAGGGAUGGAGUGAGAAGGAGGAUGGGGCAGAAAUUUCAGCACCCGCGAUUUUGCAGACACCUGGCAGCAUGAUAGGUUCUCCUUCCCUGGUCGGGAAGAUUUCUGAGGCGCCUCUACAGCCUGGCAGCAUGCUUGGUUCUCCUUCCUUGGUAAACACGGGGUGUGAGGCACCUCAAACACCUGGCAGCAUGAUAAGUUCUCCUUUCUUGGCAGCGGCAAUGGGAGAGGCGCCUCUGCAGCCUGGCAGCAUGCUUGGCUCUCCUUCCUUGGGAGAGGAAGGACCGGGGAGCAGAUUGGAGCAAGGGAAAGAGCAGGAGGAGGAGGAGGUGGAGGAGGAGGUGGAGGAGGUGAAGGAGGGGAGGGACCAGGACGAGUGGAGUGGGGUUGAUGAGGACGAUGAAGGGGAUGAUGGGCCGGAAGUGCAACACAAGGAGCCUCAAGAGAACGAGGAGGGAUGGAGUGAGAAGAAGGAUGGGAGGGAGGAGGAUGAGUGGAGUGGGAUUGACGAGGGUGAAGCAGAGGAGGAGGAUGGGUCGGAAGAGCAACACAAGGAGCCUGUUUCUGAGGUGCCUCAACAGAACGAGGAGCGACGGAGUGAGAAGGAGGUUGGGAGGGAAGAGGAUGAGUGGAGUGGGGUAGAUGAGGGUGAAGCAGAGGAGGAGGAUGAAGGGGAGGAGGAUGGGUCGGAAAAGCAAAACAAGGAAUCUGUUUCUGAAGUGCCUCGAAAGAUCGAGGAGGGACGGAGUGAGAAGGAGGAUGGGAGGGAGGAGGAUGAGUGGAGUGGGAUUGACGAGGGUGAAGCAGAGGAAGAGGAUGGGCCAGAAGAGCAAAAGGAAGAGUCUGUUCCUGAGGUGCCUCAGCAGAACGAGGAGGGAUGGAGUGAGAAGAAGGUUGGGAGGGAGGAGGACGAGUGGAGUGGGGUUGAUGAGGAGGAUGAAGGGAAGGAGGAUGGGCCAGAAGAGCAAAAGGAAGGGUUUAUUUCUGAAGUGCCUCAGACGGACGAGGAGGGACGGAGUCAGCAUAGGGAGGGGAGGGAAGAGCAAAGUGAUGAGGUGCCUCCAAAGAAUGACGAGGGAAACAGUGAGAAGGAGGAUGGGAGGGAAGAGGAUGAGUGGAGUGGGGUUGAUGAGGAGGAUGAAGGGGAGGAUGGUAUUGACUCUGGUGAUAGCUUGGGGAGUGAAGCGGAGGAGGGAGGGAGUUGGGAAGGAGGGGUAGAGAAUAAGAUGGGUGAUGAGGAUAGUGAGGGUGGGAGUGGGAGUGGGAGUGAGAGUGAGAGUGGGAGUGGGAAUGGGAGUGGGAGUGAAAGCAGGAAUGGGAGUGGGAGUGAAGUGGAGGAAAGCACACUAGACAUGAGCAGUGUUGGUACCAUGGAACUGGAGGGAGGGAGUGACAAAGAGGAGAGUGAAGCGCAAGGGAGUGAAACGCAAGGGAAUGAGGUGCGAAUGAGUGAUAUGCAAGUGAGUGAGGUGCGAGAGAGUGAUGGGGAGGAGAGCACUCUAGACAUGAGCAGUGUUGGUACCUUGGAGCUGGAGGGAGAGAGUGACGAAGAAGAGAGAAAGGCACGAGAGAGUGAGGUGGGAGGAAGUGAGGUGCGAGAGAGUGAGGUGGGAGGAAGUGAGGGCCUAGGGAGUGGUGGGGAGGAGAGCACUCUAGACAUGAGCACUGUUGGUACGAUGGAACUGGAGGGAGGGAGUGAGGAAGAAGAGAGUGAAGCACGAGGGAGGGAGGUGAGGGAGAGUGAGGGAGGGAAGUGCGAAGAGGAGAGUGAGGGAAGGGAGGGUGAAGAGGGGGAGAGUGAGGAAAGGAAGUGCGAACAAGGGGAGAGUGAGGAAGGGGAGUAUGAAGAGAGGGAGAGUGAGGGAGGGAAGUGCAAAGAGGAGAGUGAGGAAGGGAAGUGUGAAGAGGGGGAGAGAGAGGGAGGGAAGUGCGAAGAGGGGGAGAGUGAGAGAGGGAAGUGCGAAGAGGGGGAGAUUGACAGAGAGAAGUGUGAGGGAGGGAAGAGUAUGGAACGGCGGGAGCAAGACGACAGGGAUGGAGAAUGGAGCAAGCAGGGUGAAGCGAUCAAAGGAAACAUCACUAAUGAUCUCGAUUCUCCUAAAAUUAGCAAAAUUAGGACGGCCAAGGAAGUAAGUGGGGACCACGAUGAUGCCAGCUCUCCCGAAAUAGCUGCAACAAUUUCUGCAGCUGACGUGGCAGAUCGGGUUGUCGCUGUGCCUGAAGCAGAUCGUGUGGAUGCGGUCACUGACGUGAAAGUCGCUGACGUGGAAGUUGCUGACGUGGAAGUCGCUGACGUGGAAGUCGCUGAAACAAUCGAGGAUGGUCUUGAUACUCUCAAGAUUGGCACAGCCAUUGAAGCUGCACCAAAGCCUGCUUCUCCGGGAGGAGGGGGCCACAAUGACGCCAGCACUUUCGAAGAAGAUGCGCCAAAGCCUGCAGCUGACGUGGCAGAUCGGGUUGUCGUUGUGGCUGAAGCAGAUUGUUUGGAUGCGGCUGCUGACGUGGAUGUGAUUGCUGAUGUGGAAGGUGCCGACAUGGAAGGUGCUGACAUGGAAGGUGCUGACAUGGAAGGUGCUGACGUGGAAGGCGCUGACUUGAAAGGCGCUGAUGUGGAGGGCAAUGAUGUAGAAGGCACACCGGCUGGAUUGUUGGGCUCAGUCAGCUGUUCAGCUAAUGUUCCCAAGCCAGAUGUGGCAAUUGAGCCAACUGGAAAGAGGUGA